AUGAGUGCGAUUUCCGUCGAAGAUGUCCGCGUCGAUAACGAGAAUGGACGGACGGACGAUGGCGACGACGGAAUCGAGACGAUUGAGACGGUGAAGGUCGAUCCAAAGCCUAUCACGACGUAUGUUACGUUCAUGGACUUAUAUCGACGGAAGAAGAAAGCUAUGUCGCUUGAAGACAUCGUUGAAAGAGACAAACGAGUGCAAUUUGACACCAGAGACAAGUCAAGCACGUUUCGAUAUGGUGCUGACGAGCUGGAUGUACUUACAGAGUCGUCGCAUACAUACUCGGCGGCGUGGUCUCGCCAAAAGCAGCUUCAAACACUCAAACAGAAUCGAAUUGGCAAGCCCAACAAGCGCUUUCCAUCAGGAACUUCAAUUCAGUCGUCUGCCAUACCAUACUCACUUCCCACGAUUCCAAUCUCUGCGUACCAUCGUGUUCACCAAAUUCCUUGGGAAAAUGCGAUCUUGUGGGGAGACGAGUCCGACACAACGCCGCCAUUUGUUCCCGAAGAAGACGAAAGCCCGUUUGAGACAGGGAUUCCAUCGAGUGCCCAACGCACUCAGACAAAACGUCGCCAAUCUCCAGUGUACCAAUUGUCAAGCUACGACUCCGCGGCUUUCGCAUUUCCCGACGACGACUUCGACAUGACCAAGCCACGACAGUAUCGAUGGGAAAUGCCCCGACGACCAGCUACCGCAACUACGAAAGCGUCAUCCUCAUCUGAAAAGACAAUUCUCCCAUGUGCGUUGAAUCCGGCGCUGUUGGACUCAUCGUGGCAGGAAGCUAUCGGGUGGGACGAUACUGAGGACAUGCCGCCAUCCCGCAUCCUUUUGGACGAAAAUGACGUGCAUUUGAUCUUGUCCAACCCGCUCGUGGAGAACGUGCGAGCGACCCUCCGCAUCCCACAGCGCAAAAUGGGUGCGAUCGAGAUCAGGAAGGAGGAGCUCAAAAAGCAGAUGAGCGACAAGAAUACCCGUCUCGACGUCGUACGUGGCAACUUGGAAUGGGGACAGCAAACUGCCGAGAGUCGAUUUGGCGAGAUGAAGCGCAGCAAGGACCCGCGUAUCAUCAAGAACAUGGGUCACGUCCACCACUCGCUCCCAGCGAUCAAACUUAGCUUGACCAAGCCGGAGUUGCCGCUGGCCAAACUGAGAGAGUUCCAUCGACCACGCGGCAAGUUUAAGAUUCAUGAGCGAAUGCCUGUGGUCAGCGCCAAGAACGCCGAGAAGAGCAAGAGUGUCAAGGUGGCCGACGCCGAUCUGAACGACCCAACGUUGUCCCAAAUCAAGAAAACAUCCGACCUAAACCCGACGGCGGGAGGAAAGCUCAUGCUGCUCGAGUACACGGAGCAGUAUCCCCCGAUGCAGGCGAACCCUGGCAUGGCGUCGCGAGUGUUGCACUACUGGCGUCCACCCGACACUCGAGGUGAAGGCAAGGCGGACGAAGGGGCAGGGAAGGGCAAAGAAAGAAAGAAGAAGCCCCAUCCGCCAACGGUCAGCCUUGGCGAGGUCGUCACGCUGGGCGACAACGAAGACUCGCCUUUUGUGGGUGAUGUGCCCGCAGGCAAGAUGGUCACCUCCCUAAACUCGAAACUGUUCAAGAUUCCUAUCUUUCCCCAUUCACCACGCCCGAACUUCCUCGAACCAUUUGCCGACGAUAAGUACGAGAUUUUUCUGGUGGCGCGGUCCGUAUCGAAGAAGGGGAAGGGCGCAUCGACCAUGUACAUCAUGGAGCUCCCGAUGUUGUACUUGGCUGGACAAGUGGAGCCCCAGAUCGAGGUGCCGGCCCCGAAUUCGAGAAGCGCAAACGACUUUAUUCGGCCGUACAUGUCGUUCCACAUUCUGCGUCUGUUCAAGAAGACGAGUGAUGGCGAGCGCUUGAAGAUCGAAGACAUCACGCGAGCGUUCCCAAACCAGUCUGGCACAGCCAUUCGAAAGCGGAUGAAGGAAGUGGCGACAUUUGAGCGCGGAGGAAACGACUCGGGAUGGUGGAAGCGCAAGCAGUCGUCGGACGUGAUCAGUGAAGAAGAGAUUCGCGCAAGCGUGUCGCCUGAGUCUGUUUGUCUGUACGAGAGCAUGAUGAGCGGUCAUCAGCGCCUGUUGGACAUGGGGUUGACGAAGCAGUUCACCCCGACUGGAGUGCAAGCUGCCAUCAGCCAAAUGACCAAGCGCCUCAAGUACCGCGAGAGUUUGCUGUCGUCACGCAUUCUGGUGCCGCAGGGUUACACGGGUCGACACCUGGCGGAAGAAGAGAAAAAGCUGUGGAAUCGAGACCCCGUGCUGGUGACGUUGCGCAACGACAUUCAGAUCGCUCGAUCUAUCAACGAACAGCUACUGCUGACGCCGUGGAAUUUGACGAAUGGUUACGUGGAGUGUCAUUUGCAAGGCAAGGGCUCGGGUAUGUUGCAGCUCGGUGGUCUGGGUGAUCCGUCUGCGCGUGGGGAAGGGUUCAGUUUUAUCCGCGUACCUCAGUCGCGUGCGAAGAAGAAGGAAGAAAACGAAGAGCUCGCAGUGUCUGAAGCUGAAGUGCAAAAGGCGGUGGCCGCGGUGACGGGGACAACAGCAGAUUUACGAAAGCUCAAGAUGAAGGAAGCGGGAGAUGUGCUCAAGAAUCUUGGGAUGGCUGAGGAAGACAUUCUAAAAUUGCGGCGAUGGGAUCGUAUUUACAUGGUGCGAGAGCUGAGUACUCGUGCUUCGGCGCACGGAAUGGCUGGUACCCUGAACAAGUUCGUCCGCGGGGCGCGGAAGUCGCUGAGUGCACAACAGCAGGAGUACCGACGAAAGUGCGACGUGAUUUAUCUCCGUCAGUUGGAAGUGCUGAGCUCAACGGAGCAUGACUUCGAAGACGACAGCGAAAGCGGGUCGGACGACGACGAUGACUUUAUUGAAGAUUUGGAAGACGAUUUGCUGGGCGAUGACGUCGCCACGACAAACGCGACUCGAGGCCCUCAAGGAAUUUUCAAAGCUGGCGGGGGCGGGUUGACUCGCACCAAGACCACCAUGUCCGAGCGAGACGACGCCCACGAACUGCGACGUUUGAUGGAAGAAAUGAAGAGUGGCGGCGGUGGGGUCACAGCUUCUUCGACAGGAGGAGGUGGAAGCCGGCUUAGCCGUCCUGAGGUUGACGCUUCCAACCUGCGCAUCCAACUCAAAGCUAGCGGCAUCAAAGACAGCUUGAAUACUUCGAUGUCGUCCAUGACGUCGACCAAGGGAAACUCCGUCGCGUCAUCUGCGAUCCCAUCCCCAGUCGAUCCUGCGUCGCGAGCGCAGUCACCUCGGGCGGGAGGAAUUCGUCAAGCCAUCAAGCGAACGACCCGGAUCAUCGAUGACGACGGCACUGAGACUGUCAAGAUUGAAUUUGUUGUCGAUCCAAAAGCGAUUGGUCGGUACAAAGCGGCUCAGAGUUUCAAGGAGCGCCAAAAAAAAGACGAGGAGCGAAACCAGCUCCGGAAACGCAAAAAGCUGGAAGGGGCGGAGACUGACAAGAGUUUACUGAAGAAACAGAUUGCCGAUGAGCUCAAGCAGCUCAAGAAGAAGGAAGAAGCAACGAAGGGAUAUGUGGAAAUGCUGGAGAAAGGCCAGGACGUGGCCGCCGGGGGUCGCGGGGCCAUCAAAUGCACAGCUUGCGGACAACUGGGUCACAUUCGGACAAACCGUAACUGCCCUCUGUUCAUCGAGUCCAAGACCGACCCACCACCCAAAAGCGUCAAGUCGGACGCCCCGUUGAAAUUGACGCUGAAGAAAUCCAACUUGGAAGACAUCAUGAAGGAGGACAGCAAUAGCUUGACCCUGAACCUGACCAAUCUGCGUGAAGGCGCGCGAAAGCACCAGAUUGAAAAGAAGCGCAAGCGAUUGCAGGACGUGGCUGAAAGCGCCGAGAUUUACAAGAAGCAGUAUGGCUCCAAGGACAAAAAGACUGAACAUAUUCGACUCCCGAUCGCGCGGCUGAAUGGUUUGCUGGAGAAAGUUCUGUUCAAUCUCUUGGGAAUGCCGGAGAGCGCGCUGUUUCGCGAGCCGGUCGACGGCAGCUUGAUCCGCGACUAUUACAACAUUAUCAAGCGACCGAUGGACCUAAAGCGGAUGCGCGCAAAGAUUCGAGACCUGGAGUACGACUCCAUGCGGACAUUUUUAGCGGAUGUGGAGCUCAUGGCGACCAACUCGAAGAUGUACAAUGGCGAACUCAAUCCAAUCACAAAAAAUGCGUUCAAGGUGCUGGAACGGGCCAAGGAUGACCUCCAGCAGCUCAAUACGGACGGCGCGUUGCAUUCGCUGCAAAAGCUAGCCCGAACCCAGUCGGUGUCGUAGCCCGUCGUGUUGUUCGAAUACAACUUGUACCGUCUGGACAACAGGGUGUCAACCGAUCCGAAUUACCCGACGGUGCUCAUUUGCACCAGCGUCUUGGCGCUCCAUCGAGUGUUGGAAGGAAAUAGCAUUUGACCACUCGUGCAGUUUGCUAACUCGGUGUGCUAAAAACGGAUCAGGUGGAAAAUGUCGUGGA